CUUCCACCCCAGGGGCGGACUGACCAUUUGGAAACUCGGGCACUGCCCGAGGGCCUGGGGUCAGUAGGGGGCCCCAUGAGAUGCCCCCGAUACCUUUUUCAUAGGCUUUUUUGAGUUUGGGCAAGGACACAGGGGCCCCAUGAUCCCCUAUUGCCGGGGGCCCCAUGAGUUGUCAGUCCGCCCCUUGAUCAGUGCUAAUGAUACUGGGCAGGAAGGGGUUAACAUGAGGGGCAAUCAAAGGGUUAACUGUGUGCUGUGUGUGUGCUUUCCACUGUAUGCACACUACUUUGUAUGGCUCUGCUAUGCAGAGCCAUACAAAGCA